UCGAAAUGUAAAAAUUACAAAUUGUACGAAUUAUCGGGAUUAUCUGGAAAAAAUCUAUAAUUGAAAUAAUAAUUUUAAUUAUAGAUUUUUUCGAGAAUAUGAACAUAAUUUUAAAAGUUUUACAGUAGUACAUAACCUAAAAGUGAAAAUAGAAAACUCUUGGAUAAUUCCGAGAGAGUGUGUGAUGGCGUCCGACGCGCACAGGACAAAUGAAUGUUGUGUUUUUAAAUGAAAUUGCCGAAGAUUUAUGAAUUUCUGAUCAAAUGAAGAUGAAACGAUCGAAAAUUGAAAUAAUCAAUGCGACUGUUGAAUCGUAUUUGAAGCGAAGAAGAUAUCAGGAUAGUGACGUUUUUCGAAAACCUGAGAGAACUGGUUCCCGAAGUAGUGAGGAAAUGACAUUAAAUGUCUCUGCCGAAUGUGGGACAUCCCGCGAUAAUUCCAUCAUUUUCAGUGCAAUUAUUAAUGACCCUGUAGCCGCUGAUCAGGCCUAUCAAAAAUUAAAAAAUUGGAUUAACGGCGUUGUGAGUGAUAAAUUAAGAAAUGAAUUACGUGAACUUCUUUAUCCAGUGUUUUGUCAUUUUUAUCUCGAAAUGCUGCACGCGGGAAAUAGUCAAUUGGCAAUACAAUUUUUAAAAACACAUCAAACUGAUUUCACGACAAGAACUGAAAAGGAUUUUCUCGACGAAUUAUCAAAUGUCUCAUCAAUACAAGAUAUAGAAAUACGACCAUUAGUACAUGCAUUUAGAACGAGGAAAUAUAAAGUUGAUUUAUCCGAUGAAGCUCACAUUUGUCUACAAAGAUUUCUAGCAAAAUAUGGACAUAUUAUUCUUAUGCAGGUUAUAAAUACUCACAUAACGGUGAUAAAAGAGAUGUCAGAUGGUUAUAUGGAAAAUGAGGAGAGUUAUGGUGAACGGGGACAAAAUAAUGAUAUUGGUAUUAAUGGUCAUAUGGAGCAACCAUGUGGUACGGGAGUCGAUAGGGAAAUGCGUGAACUUCAGGAAGCAAUUCGACUGAUUCGCAAUACUGCUCAUCAACCACUUCGGGUUUUCACUGUCAGCAAUGCUAUUGAAAAUGCAAGUUGCGGUAUUAUUACGCCGAAUAUGGAUAAAUUAGCUGCAGGCUUUAACACUUCAGAAAUUAGAGUGUGGGGCAUCAGCGAUGCUGUACUUAUGAGGCCAACGUUUUCUGAACCUUCCGUUAAGCUUGCUUGUGAUUUACCCUCAACAAGCAAUUAUAUUGACGACGGUAGUAAUCGAUCCGCAAAUGGAGCUGUAAUUUUAAGAGGUCAUACAGAUGUUAUUCAUGAUCUUAGAUUUGUACCUGAGGCGGAAGUUCUUCUUUCCGUGUCGAGUGACAAAGACAUGAGAGCGUGGAGAUUGAAUGAUUUUUCCUGUGCUUCAGUUUACCAAGGUCAUAAUUAUCCAAUAUGGUGUAUGGACACUAGUGCGUUUAAUUUGUACAUAGCAACCGGUUCUCAUGAUAGAACAGCCAAAUUGUGGUCGUUAGAUAGAACAUUCCCUCUUCGAAUAUUUGCAGGACAUUUUUUGGAUGUUAAUUGCAUACGAUUUCAUCCAAACGCUCGAUAUUUAGCGACUGGUUCGGCGGAUAAGACUGUUAGGUUGUGGAAUAAGGACGAUGGCAAUAUGUUACGAGUUUAUGUAGGCGCUCAAUCAACAAUCUAUAGUUUAGCUUUCAGUCCCGAUGGAAAAUACUUGGCUGCAGCUGGUGAUGACAAAAGUAUUUCCAUAUGGGAUUUGUCGACAAAUUCGCUAAUGACCGAAUUAAAGGCCCAUCAGGAUUCAGUAAUAAAUUUAGAUUGGAGUCCUGAUGGUCAAUUUAUUGCCAGUUCUAGUAUUGAUGGAGUAGUCUGUUUAUGGUCCACUCAGGAACAUAUUAAUGUUAAUAAUAGUGGUCUGGCUAAUAUGUCAGCAAAAGUUCCGCAAGUAUUCAAAACAAAUUGCUCAAGUAUAUUGUCCCUUCGAUAUUAUAAAAAAAAUAGUUCUCUAGUUUGUAUUGGAACUACCUAAUAUCGAGCAAAAUUCAUUUUAAAAAAUUGUUUUUAAAAAGCCAUUUCGCCUUUACAGUUUAUCAUUUUUUAUUGUACUCGACAUCAUCAUCAUUGUUUCUUUUUUAAUAAUAAUAAUAAAAAUAGUAAUUUUUUAAAAUACUUCCAAUAAUAGAUGAAAGAAAAAAGUGUUUCGUAUUAUAAACUGUUUUUUAAAAAAAAGCAUACAGUUUAAUUGUAAGUUGAAAAUGAAGAAAAAAAAAAUACUAUGUCGGCUGUGAAAAAUGUUAUUCUCUUUUUUAUUGUUAGACUCAACAAAAAUAGCAAUUAAUAUAAAUCCCCUGAACAAGAGGAAGAUACUGACGAAAAAUAAAUGAAACGCUUCUGCAGCGCAAGAAGUACUUUUUUGUAAAUACGAAUAUUUUAUUGUUAAUGAAAUGGUAAGGGACAAGCGUUCUUUUUUUUUUGUUUUUUUUUCGUUUGUUUGUAACAAGUUAUUUCGUAUUCUAUUUUCUUACGAGUUACAAACAAAAACCAAACACUUAUUUAUUUAAUUAUCUAAUAUGUAUUUUCUAAACUGCAUAAUUUCUUUGUAAGAAACUGGCGCAUCUGUAAUGUGUAAAUAAAUAAUUUGUUUCCAGUGAA